UGAAUCUAAGUCCGACCUCAAGAGUGUCGAUGUUGAGCAAGCAAGGCGAACCCGUGAGAUCUAAUAUUUGUCUUGUUAAACUCUCUGUCUUAAUAAAGAGAGAACCUGAACUAAAGUCAUAGAAGAGUACGACAGACAGAUGGUGUUACAAGACCGGGUAAUGUUUGAGUUUUGAACCUUGUAAUCAAGAGAGUCAGUUGACUUGUCUGAUUCAUUGAUAUGUAUGCUGACUGGUUUCAUUUCUAUGUUUGAAAUAAAUAUUUUAAACUGACCAGGGCUGCGUUUCCCAAAAGCAUCGUAACCUUAAGUUGAUCUUAGAACCAUUAUCACCAAUGGAGCUACGAUGAUCAUCGAAGGCUUACGAUGCUUUUCGGAAGCGCAGCCCUGGUCCAUAUUGUUGCAAAUAAAGAUCAUCUGUCCCGUUUCAACUUCGUGGUGACUAUAGUUCACGUCAAAUGACCAUAGUCACUACUACUGCAUUGAUACUAAUACAAAAGAACCCCAUGGUAAAGUUACAUUUUAAGUGGCUAUGUAAGUAAGACAAUAAUAAACCAAAUAAAUGCCGUAUUUAUCAAGCAAACUUGUUUAUGUAAUGUCUUAUCAAAUAAAUACUCUUCGCCAUAUUUGCAGAACUGAAGAAGGAACAUGGCAGUGACUCGGGUUCUUCCACAUCUUCGCCGUGUUGCUGGGCCCUUUCAAGUGCACACUAGAACAACAUUAAGAGACUGUCUUUGUAAACCUGCAACUCUGUGCUAUACUUCAGCUUUCAUCCUCCAACAGAGGAGAUGUGUUUCUGUGGAGACCACCAUAAAUCAGCAUAUUGCAGACCUGACUGACAGGGAAAACAGACUACUGACCAGACUCUACCAUGGACUUGUUAGGGGCCAAAGGGCAGCUCUCGCUGAGUCUAUAACGCUAGUGGAGACCCAGCACCCAAGGAAGAAGGAGUUAGCACAAAUUCUUCUUCAGAGAGUGCUGGCAUACCGACAGGAGCAGGAGAGACUUAAUGGUGGGAAACCAGUGGCCUUCAGAGUGGGAUUGUCUGGUCCCCCUGGUGCCGGAAAGUCUACUUUCAUUGAGGUUAUUGGGAAGAUGUUGACAGGAAGAGGGCAUAAAGUGUCGGUAUUAGCUGUGGAUCCUUCCUCCUGCACGACUGGAGGAUCACUGAUGGGAGACAAAACCCGAAUGACUGAGCUGUCCAGGGACAUGAACGCUUACAUCCGACCAUCUCCCACCUCAGGAACUCUUGGUGGAGUGACAAGGACCACCAAUGAAGCUAUUGUCCUCUGUGAGGGUGCAGGCUAUGACAUUGUAUUAGUUGAAACUGUAGGUGUUGGGCAGUCUGAGUUUGCUGUGGCUGAUAUGGUGGAUAUGUUUGUGCUGCUGAUCCCACCAGCAGGGGGCGAUGAACUACAGGGAAUCAAAAGAGGCAUCAUUGAGAUGGCUGACAUUGUGGUAGUUACAAAAUCAGAUGACGAUUUGAUUGUUCCAGCACGGAGAAUUCAAGCAGAAUACACAAGUGCCCUCAAGUUGCUUCGAAAAAAGUCUAAAAUCUGGAAACCAAAGGUGGUCCGUGUGUCCUCUCAGACGGGGCAAGGUGUGCCUGAGCUGUGGGAUACAGUGCUCCAGUUCCGGGAUGCAAUGCUGAGCAGUGACGAGCUCCGAGUCCGACGGCAAACUCAGCAGAAAGUGUGGCUGUGGAAUCUCAUACAGGAGAACGCACUCCGCCACUUCGAGCAGCACCCAGCUGUGUGCGCUGAGCUCCCCGAGCUGGAACGAAGGGUCACGCAUGGAGAUAUUUCACCCGGCCUUGCUGCCGACCUCCUCCUGAAAGCCUUCACAAGCACACCAUGAUGGAAAGCCAUCCUAUAAGACUGCAAUCUAGGAUUUAAAUAUUAGGAAAACAGUGUCAACUGUUGAAUUAUUGUAUCUUACCUGGUUUUAAAGGUUUUUAAUAGUGAAAGAUGUUUGUCGAUUUUUGAUAUAAUUGUUGUUUAUUGUUACUUUAAUGUUACUUUAAUACAAAGUGUAUUAAAGUAAAUGGGAAACAAACUAAUGACCAACGUUGUCUGUUGAGCUUUUGUAAAAUGCAGUUAUUCACACAACACACUGGAUAAAUACUGCCUGUACAUGCAAAUAUUUGUAUCAUUUGAUAUUUAAUUAUCAAUCCCUGGAGAAAUUAAAG